UCGGGGAAAUCUCCAUUCACACAUUUUCCUGAAGAUGCAACAAGAAUUGAGAGGAAACUCUACAAAGUGAGGGAACAUCCCGUCUUGGAUAGCGGUCACUGGAUCAAGUGUCCUGAUUUGAAGAUUUACUGCCUAUUCCUGCUCUAUGGACAGCUCAAAAUUUUGGAAUUUCCAUCAGACCCACCCAGAUGGACUGACAACUCAUGGGGCCCCUGGGCAAUAGGGGAUCAUGGGGCCCGUGUCCUUGCCCAAACUCAAAAAAGCGUAUGAAAAAAAAGGUACCAGAGGCAUCUCAUGGGGCUCCCUACUGACCCCGGGCCCUCGGGCAGUGCCCGAGUUUCCAAAUGGUCAGUCAGCCCCUGGUCACAC